CUUUGCUACCAAAAUGUUGUUGAAAUUUCACCAGAGCUACAGUAGUGUCCGAGCUCCCGUGUUUUUGUACUCAAGCAUCCAACUUUAAGUUUCUUCGUGUUUCAAUUCAGCAUUCUAAAAUCAAUUGAAAUGAAUCAUUUAUUGGUGACUACUGGGAUUGCUGUACCCCUCAUGAAGAAAUCAAAAGCACCCAGAGUUGACGAGGUGGAAGAGAGAGUUAGGGGUAGGAGGUCUACACCUCAACUGGUAGCAACUCUUAUUGCGAGGGAUGUUGGGGUUGUAACCCUUGGAUGGGGAAAAAGUUUCCCACCCCGUCUCUACUAUCUUGAAGGUUACAACUUCAUGAAUUCUUCUAGUAGGAAAACUGUUAGGCGAUUUAUUGACCCCACUUUUCUAGAUAUAGAUCUAACUCUGGCUAAGGAUGAGGUAAAUCUUCAUGGUGGAGCUGGUGUUGUCCGCCACAUUUUUGAGGCAUCCGAGCUCAAUGAACUCAGAGACAAGAUGGCAACUCUCAAGAGGGCUACUGAGCUCAUGGAUUGGAAGGGGAGGAUUUACAAGGAGAAGUAUGAGUAUGAAUUCAUCGUUGUUGAUGAGGACAUGGUAAAGGAGGGAGUAGAUCUGCUCCACAAAGCCAAGAAGUUCUAUGGCAAGAUCUCAGCCUUUCCUGUGAGGGAAGGAAACAAAGUCAUUGAUUUGGAGGUUGUCUUAGCGUUGGAGAUGAUGGUCAGACUGGAGAACGAUGUUGAGUUUAUGCAAUACUUUUCAAGAAAGGAAGCAUAGGUAUCAGUUGUUGGUGGUGGGGGAGCAAGAUUGGUGCACAUUCUUGCUGGGUAUUUGAAUCUCAAGGCUUUUGAGAAGAGAAAGAACUCAUGUUUCACUCUGGUUAUUGAGACUGGUAAAAUUCUUCCACUGUGUUUGAAGAUCUUGCUCUAUUUCCGUGUUUCCUUCUUUGGGUUUAUGAAUUUGAGGAGAUAAGCUUGAGUCGAAGCUCUACUUUUAGUGAUCGGAUUUGGGUUCUUUUUGUUUAGAAUUUGAAGUUGGAGAUUCAUCAAAUUUUGUAGUUUUUGGUAUUAACUUUGUUAGUAGUUUAUUAGAUCUUCAGGUGUUUUCCUUUUUUUUUUACUUUACCAUAGGUGAGAUUGGAAAAUGGCUUUGUUGCUUAUAUUUAAUAUAAUGGAAUGAUUCGU